UAGUUCGUAAGAUGCUCUCCAACAACUCUACUUUGUCAUUACUCAAGUCUUUCACUAGGAAAGAAAAAACCCACAAAAAGGAAAGAGAAAAUGAGAGGAGAAAUCGAUGAAGCUGAUCUUGCUCCUGAAACUUCACUUAUUAAAAAAGAGAAUCAAGAACCAUCGGCCACAACAACAACUACUCUCUUGUUCACCACUUUGGUCGCUGUGUCUGGUUCAUUCGUUUUUGGCUCAGCUAUAGGAUACUCAUCACCCGUUCAGUCCGAUUUAACCAAAGACUUGAAUCUCUCUGUGGCAGAGUACUCAAUCUUCGGUUCGAUUCUAACAAUUGGGGCAAUGAUCGGCGCAGCUAUGAGUGGACGAAUAGCCGAUUUGAUCGGCAGACGAGCAACUAUGGGUUUCUCGGAAAUGUUUUGCAUUCUUGGCUGGCUAGCGAUCUACCUUUCUAAGGUUGCAGUUUGGCUUGACGUUGGGAGGUUUUUGGUUGGUUAUGGAAUGGGCGUUCUUUCGUUUGUGAUUCCUGUAUACAUAGCUGAAAUAACUCCUAAGGAGCUUCGAGGUGGGUUUACAACCGUUCAUCAGUUAAUGAUAUGUUUGGGUGUCUCUGUGACAUAUCUCUUGGGCUCUUUUAUUGGUUGGCGAAUUUUAGCUUUGAUCGGAAUUAUACCAUGUGUUGUACAAAUGAUAGGACUGUUCAUCGUCCCAGAAUCUCCUAGAUGGUUGGCAAAAGUUGGCAGAUGGGAAGAAUUUGAGAUUGCAUUGCAAAGAUUACGAGGUGAAUCUGCAGAUACUUCAUAUGAGUCUAGUGAGAUCAAAGAUUAUACGAAAAGACUUACGGAUUUAUCAGAAGGUAGUCUAGUAGAUCUGUUCCAGCCACGAUAUGCCAAAUCUCUAUUUGUGGGAGUUGGUCUGAUGGUAUUGCAACAAUUUGGAGGGGUUAAUGGAAUUGCCUUUUACGCUAGCUCUAUUUUUGAAUCUGCUGGGUUUUCAUCCAAAAUUGGAAUGAUUGCAAUGGUUGUCGUACAAAUUCCAAUGACAACUAUAGGUGUCUUGUUGAUGGAUAAAUCAGGAAGGCGACCACUACUUCUAAUUUCUGCUACCGGAACAUGCAUCGGGUGUUUCCUCAUCGGCUUAUCAUUUUCAUUACAGGUUGUAAGCCUAUUCAGUGGAGAAACUUCAUAUAUAGCACUCACAGGAGUUUUGAUGUACACCGGAUCAUUCUCGCUAGGGAUGGGUGGGAUCCCUUGGGUUAUUAUGUCAGAGAUAUUUCCAAUAGAUAUAAAAGGACCAGCUGGAAGCCUAGUGACUGUUGUUAGCUGGAUUGGAUCAUGGAUUAUAUCCUUUACAUUUAACUUCCUAAUGAAUUGGAGUCCAACAGGAACUUUUUAUGUUUUUGCUACAGUUUGUGGAGUUACAGUUAUUUUUGUAGCAAAGCUCGUACCAGAAACCAAAGGUCGAACACUCGAAGAAAUUCAAUAUUCCAUUGGUUAUGUGCAACUCUAAUGUCUAGAUAGUUAAUUACGAGGACAUCUAUCCCUAACGAACAACAUUUGAAUAUAAGAUUUUACAGUUUUAUGUACAACUGCGUCAUGAGUUUGCUAUAUAUUACAUGAAAGAUGGGGAAUU